UUUGUACUUAACUUACAUUUCAAAGGAAAUUGUUGUAAUGACUGGUGUUCGGGAAACUCAUUGUACGCUUUGUCUUAAAAUUAUAGCCGAUAAAAGUUUUGAAGUAAUAAACAACGUUAUCAGAGAUAUUCUUGAUGUUCUUUUGCUGAAACUGAAAUUAGAUGAUGUGAGCAAGGAGGUUAUAUGUAGUGUUUGCAAAAGAAAAUUAUACGCAGCAUUAGACUUCAAGUCGGCUUGUUUGAAUACCGAUAACAUAAUUAUUCCAUAUGUGGAUUGCGAAAAAAUGUUACAGCUCGACUUAAGGGAAGUGUACAGGAAGGAAAAGAGAGACGAGUCAAUUUCAGAUAAUCAGAAAAUAUGUCGAUUGUGUAUGCAACUAGUAAGAAGUGAGUUUAGGUGCAUACGUGAGGAGGAACUCGAAGCUAUUCAGAAACUGACUCCUGAAAUGAAUAUAAAUAUCAUCGUAGAUCCCGUUGUAUGUAAGGAGUGUUUGGAUUCCCUGAGCACCCACAACAGUUUCUGCAGAGAAUGUUUGGAAGCAGAGGAAAACUUUAAAGGUAGUUCUGAUUGUCAAGCCACAGAAAGUCAAGUUGAUACAUCACCAUUCAAUUUAUUCGUUAAGACUGAAAACUUGGACCGAGAAUUCGAUAUUAACGAGAUGGAAAUGUCAAUCAAAGCCGAUAUUGUCGACAUAAAAUCUGAANGACAUAGCUUUAAUAUAGAUAAUACUAAUAUGAGUUAA